AUGGCAAACUCUCAGAAAUCCAAGAAAAGCGGAAAAGUUAAAAUUUGGACCAGCAAAGUGUAUCCAGUGUAUGCAGGUCAACCACUACCAGAUAUUCCAAUGGGACCAACGUCGUCUUCAGAAUGGAAUUCGCUAUCAAGAUGUGAUAAAACUAUUAUCAUUACAGCGAUAAUUCUCCGUUUAAUUGCAUUUUCCAUCGUUGCUUUUAUCUAUGUUUCUCAUGCUGAUAACAGCAAAAAUCAAUAA